AGUUUCUUUCCCCGGAAAACGAGCCUCCUUGGUCGGCCACUGCUUUACAAACGGGCGGCCCGGUCACGGUGCUCCCAUGCUAGUUCUCCGGCCGCUGCGGAGGAGCUUUUCCAGCGUCAACCGGCCAGGUGUCGGAUUUUCCUGCUAACGUAAACAAGAAGGAUGAAGCGGAUAAAAGGAGCUGAGGAGGGCAGCAACGGCUCCCCUAGCAAAAGCCCACCAGAGGAGAGCAAGAAAGUUCGGAAGCAGUUGAGCGAGGGUCCGGAGGCCGAGGAUCCAGGGGUCGAGGAUCCAGCGGCCGAGGGUCCAGAGGCCGAGGGUCCAGAGGCCGAGGCAGAGAGCGACUGGGUGCAGCUUCCUCAGGAGCUCCUGCUCCACAUCUUCCGGUUCCUUCCGCUGCUGGACCGGGCGUUUGCCUCUCAGGUGUGUCGGCGGUGGAACCAGGUGUUCCACAUGCCUGAGCUGUGGAGAUGCUUCGAGUUUGAGCUCAACCAGCCGGCGAGCUCUUACCUGAAAGCCACACAUCCAGACCUCAUCAAGCAGAUCAUAAAGAGGCACUCCAACCACCUGCAGUACGUCAGCUUCAAGGUGGACAGUAGUACAGAGUCUGCAGAGGCUGCAUGUGACAUUCUUUCACAGUUGGUGAACUGCUCACUGAAGACCUUGGGUCUUAUAUCUACAGCCAGACCAAGUUUCAUGGAGGUUCCAAAGUCUCACUUCAUCUCAGCUCUGACCGUGGUGUUCGUCAACUCCAAGUCGCUCUCCUCGCUGAAGAUCGACGACACGCCGGUCGAUGACCCGUCUCUGAAGGUGCUGGUGGCCAAUAACAGUGAAACCCUGAAACUGCUGAAGAUGAGCAGCUGCCCUCACGUCUCCCCGGCAGGAAUCCUAUGUGUGGCAGACCAGUGUCACGGGCUGAGAGAGCUUGCGCUGAACUACCACCUCCUGAGUGACGAGCUCCUGCUGGCCCUCUCCUCGGAGAAACACGUCCACCUGGAACACCUGCGUAUCGACGUGGUGAGCGAGAACCCUGGCCAGAACUUCCACACCAUCAAGAAGAGCAGCUGGGACGCCAUGGUGCGGCACUCGCCCAAAUUCAACCUGGUCAUGUACUUCUUUCUCUACGAAGACGAGUUUGGUCCUUUCUUCAACGAGGAAACCCCUGUCACGCACCUCUACUUCGGCCGCUCGGUCAGCAAGGACGUCUUGGGCCGUGUGGGCCUCCACUGCCCCCGUCUGGUGGAGCUGGUGGUGUGCGCCAACGGCCUGCGCCCCUUGGACGAGGAGCUGAUCCGCAUCGCGAAGCACUGCACCCAGCUGUCAGCCAUCGGCCUGGGGGAGUGUGAAGUCUCCUGCAGUGCUUUUGUGGAGGUCGUGAAGAUGUGCGGCCGGAGACUCUCCCAGCUCUCCAUCAUGGAGGAGGUGCUGAUUCCCGAUCACAAAUACUCCCUGGAUGAGAUUCAGUGGGAGGUUUCGAAGCACCUGGGCCGGGUCUGGUUCCCAGACAUGAUGCCGACAUGGUGAAGCAAAUCCACAGAGCAGCUCAGUACGUGAAGCGUGUGGUGUAGAACACGGCCUCCAUGUUUGCACUGAAAAGCCUUUAAAUGCUCAGCUGCAGUGGAAUGUUUAGUGCCAUCGUGGAGAGCAUAGACUUGCUUCUGAACCCUUGUGUCAUGUAAAGUGCAGCAACCGCCUGCUACACAAUGUCAUGAAGUGCAAUAACCACAGCAAUCUCAAGUAGUAGAAAACAGACUGUGGAUCCUGCUUUGGCCAACGCAAAUACAGCACUCGACAAGCCGGCUUCUUCACAUGUUCUUCAGACCAGUGCAGGGGGACCUUUUUGACAAAAAGAGUAAUUUUUAUAACUGCAAACUGACAUAUUUGGACAAUAAGGAACACAGUUGCCUGGUGUUACACUACCACUCGGCCUACCUAAAUCCAGUCUACAAUAGCUACUCUGCAGUCUGUAACAAUAUAUGCCAUUGGAGUAUCUCCAAAUGGCUUUAUUUAUUUAAAGUAAUUGCAGAUAUAUUUUUACAGCUGUGUACAUCAAUUGGCUUGAAAAAAUAGAUUUUUAUUUAUUUCCUAAGCACCUUACGUGAACACUAAAUAAUCACUAGGACAAACCAAGUCCUUCUGCUUGACAUGAAAAGCAAUGAAACGAUUGUUGUUAUCAAUUUGCCUUAGUUGGACCCAGAUUUAAAUGCUGAUUAUUGAGGCUGUACUGGGAUUUUGACAUCAAGAACAAUAUAUUGAAGUGAUAAAUCUGUAAUUACCGAUGGAAAAAUGAAGCAAGAGAGAAAUUAUUCUUUGUAAAUACAAACCCUGCACAGACACGUCUGAAUCUUUGCAGUUAUUCAACAGAUGGACGUGUCUCUGCAGCUGUUUGCUCACAGUGCACGCCGAGAAUGCAAAAGACAAUCAAUUUGUCUUGCAGGUGCAUCAAAUUAAUAUAUUUCCUAUGUAGGUUUCAUUUGUAUCUUCUGCUAUUUGCCUGUUGAAGAUCUGGUGUAUUCACCCUUCUCAUUACAAACACCGUCUCUCCAGGUUUUCUUCAUGGUCCCGUUGCCCAAUAUCAUCCAAACCAUUUCAGUCGAAAGAGAUUUGGCAAGUCAGAUGAGUGAAACAAAUGUUCUUUUCCUUUAAGAAGGAAGUCAAAUGCAUGUGUAUAUAAAACGCUGUUUGAUUAUUAUUAUGAAUUGAAAUGUACCCUCUGUCCGGGUUUGAUGUUUCCUUAAUGGCUUGUGUCUUUUAUAAGAGUUCAAGUUGUCCUUUGCUCGAUGGAUAAUUUUCAUUCUAUUGUCUCAAGAGAAGUCAGGUUGUGUAAUUUAUUGAGGAGGAUACUGCUUUUCUAAUUCAUUUCUACUUUCUGAGAUGUAUAAAAAGAAAGCACUCAUUUUAACCAGCAAGCAGACCAGCAGCAGGAUUUGGUUCUAUUGGUUCCACUUCUUUCUUUGUGGCUUUGUUGCAGGCAGGUGGUUUAAAAGUUCUGACUUUACUACCAAACAAUGUUUUAACAUAAUUCAUCAAUACAUGGAGAUUAAAACAAAGAUGUAGCAUACUCCAUUCAGGGAAUUUUAUCCUGCACUCUAUGCAGAGGAAGGCCAAAAUUGUAAGAAUUUGUAUAAAAGAGUUUAUUUUGCAGCUGAAAAGCACUAGACCUCAUGGUGGAAUGCACUUAUUGUAAGUCACUUUGGAUAAAAGCGUUAGCUAAAUGUAAUAUAAAGUUACAGGAAUCAAACUGUUCACCUGAAAACAUGUCAAACUUAGUGGACAAACUUUUGGACGUCGCAGUAUGCCAUUUGGAUUUAUGUAAAAACCCAGAUUUUUGGUUUUUACAGCUUCUGCCAGACUGCAUUCCUUUGUAUUAAUCAUUCUCAUGUAGACACUUAAUGAAGCUAAACUGUAACACAAACUACAAACUGAGACACUUAAGUUGUAGGAUUGCUAACAUUUAUUAUUGUAUGGGUGUCUGGUCACUGAAGUAGAUUCCUGUGCUGAUUGUCUAUGCUUGUGUACUUUAGUAUCUUUACGGUACAGUAACAUAUCGCCGGAUUAUUUUUAUUAAUUUAUGCAGUGCAUUUAACAAUAAUUAAUGCAGCAGCUUCGAACUAAGGUUGUGUCUUAAUAGCGCUUCUCGUUUCUCUUUCAUAAAGACGCCUGUUCACAGUAAUAGUUAUUUUCACCUCAGUUGUUCUGCAAUUCCUCCCGUAAGGAAUAAAUAAACUGGUGUUGAUAAUGCUGUCCUUCAGUGUUGCUUCUGUUUGGCAAAUGUUUUGUUCACUUUGCUUUUCUGGUCACCUGUCUUGAAAUGACAAUUUUUUUGGGAUAUGUGAUCUUAUACCGGUAAUUACAUUUCUAAAUGUAC